AUGCUAACUGGGUCGCGCUUCCCGCCGUGCCACGCCGCCCAGCACGGAAGCGAAAACAUGGGGCCUAACUCAGGAGGGGGGAAGAGAAACAAGGUCGAUGCUUCCAAGGUUUCAUCGGCUAGAGGGCGCUUCAGCAAGAGCGCUUUUCCGGUAAACAAGAAGACCAAGAAAGGAGGCGGCGGGCGCGGCGCCGGCGCCGGCGGCGCGAAACCGUCCGACGCUGGCGGGAGAGGAAAGGCCGGCGGGGGCAGGGGAGGGGGGGGGCGGCCCACAGACGCCACCGUCAUCCAAAAGCUUUCGGAGAGAGUUUCGUCGGGAGCUACGUCGGGAGUCGGCUUGGCGGCAGGAGGCGGGAGGGAUCCGUUGAAGGGAGUUGACGUUGCCGGCCUGGAGGAGAUCAGCAUCGCUGAGGGAGACUGGCAGAGCGUUUUUAGGCUCCUCAAGGACAUCGGUCUGUUCGAUUCUGCGGGCCCAGACGGCGUCAACAGCAGCAGCGGGAGCACCCUGUCCUCCGCGGGACCGCCGCCCCCGCCGAGAAACACCGCCUCCUCUGGAAACCCUAACACCGCGACCGGUCCGGGCGCCUCGUCUCGCCAAACCUCGGCAGAACCCGCUGCCGCCGGUGCUUCCGCUCGCGGCACUACUACGGCCACCACAGCAGCUGCUCCUUCCCAUCUGCCGACACCCCCUGCGGCGAGUCAAACGCAGCAGGAGCAGCAGCACGACCCUGCUAUCAUGUCUUACCUGACGAAGCUCCUGGCGUUCCCGGAGGCGGACGCCGCGGCGGCCUUGUCGAACACCUCGGGGAACGAUCUCGCCGAGGCGCUGGACUACCUCUGCCUGCACACGGACGACGAGGGGCUGAAGCGGGGGUUCCGCAGGGGCAGCGGCGGGGGAGGAGGGGUGGGUGUGGGGCGUAAAGGUGGUGGUGGUGGCGGAGGGGGCGGAGGACGGAAAGUCAUUGCUGCUGCUUCGUCUGGAUCUUCGGCGAUUGAGGUGGCGAGCAGCGCGGACUGGAAGGUGGAGCACCGCGUGCUCUCCCUGGUAAAGAUGGGUUUCAAGAGGGAAGAGGCCGAGGCCGCCCUUUCGGCGUCCCCGUCCGGGGAGGUGAUGGGACACGAUACUCUUACGCGCCUGCUGGAGCCCUUCCGACCCUCUGGUUCCGGUGCCGGUGCUGGUUCCAAGGAGUCUUCUCUUUCAACAAGAGCCGAAGAGGAGUUAGUCUUGUCUUCCAUCUUUGGCGAAAAGGCGUUUCGUGUUGUAGGGGGGAAGGAAGGACGGGAUGCUCUUCGGUGGGACGUGGACGUGGGCUUGGAGUUCGACGGGGGAGGCAUUUCUGCCGACACGACCGUCAUGUUCCUGUUCCAGAGAGGGAAGAGGCUCAUCGAAGCGGCCAACGCUCGGGCAGGGGCCAUGGCCGGUCCAGACCCAAUCGUGCAUGGGCUCGUGGAUUGGCUCCAGGGGGCUUCGAAGGCCUGUCACACCAAGUUUCUCGCCGCGGUACGGGAGAGGGAAGAGCGGGCGGCUGCGGAAAAGAAAGAGUCGUCUUCAAUCGCAUCCAGGGGCUAG